CUGUGGACGCAGUAUAUCCAGGACCUGCUACAGGUUGAGCAAUUGAAGGGAGCUUCAUCUCAACCAGUGCUGUCCAAGCUGUCUAGCGCAGACUUCAACGGGUGCUUCCUCAACGUGCUCAAGAGCAAGAACAAACAGCUUGUGGACUCGUGUGGCAUAGUGGUGUGGGACUCGAAGAACUUCUUCAUCGUUGUCAAGCCGGAUAACGGGCUCAAAAUGCUGGAGAAGAAGGGAACAAUGUUCAACUUCAUCGUGCCGUUGUACAACGUGUUAGAGCCCGAUGGCUCCAACGAGUGCAUGGAGUUCACCAUCAUAGGCACACGGUUCCAGUACCGAAGCUCUGAUCGAGCUGGACGCAAGUUCAAGGCCAAGAGCGUUGUUGAUCUC